AUGCGUCAUUUUACAUUUCUCUCAGCUGGACUGCUCGUUUCCAUCGUCUUAGCAGCUCCAAUUGAAAACAAGAGAGGUAAUCAGUUGGAGACUAUCAUCCACUGGUACGCGGAUGUUGAACAACCAACGGAGGCAGGCCAGCCCGAGCCAAAGAAGAGAGAACUCAACACAGUAAUCAGCAAAUAUGCGGAUAUCGAUGGGUCAGCAGAGAAGAGAAAUCUUAACACGGUUAUCGCUUCGUAUAACGAUGUCGAGGCUCACAGCACCUCUAAGAGAGACGAAGUUACACCAGUAAUCGAGGCACCCCCAACAGGCACACUGGAAACCAUUAUCCAUCAUUACGCAGAUGUCGAAUAAGCCUACAUGAUAGACAUUUCAGAUCAUCUGAGACUGCACUGAUUGUCACAAGCUUAUGAUUCAGGCACGGAGGUUGCAAUUCGGGUUUGGAGGCCUAAGAUUAGGAAAGCGCUCAUGCACCCUCAGUCGGUCGG